ACAAAAAUGUCGAACAUUCACAGAUUGUACUUUUUAUAAAACAAUUGUUUACAGGAGUUUGAAAUCAUCGACUACUUUUUGGGACCAUCCCUGAAGGAUGAGGUGUUAAAGAUCAUGCCUGUACAAAAACAGACUCGUGCUGGGCAGAGAACCAGUUUCAAGGCCUUUGUUGCUAUUGGAGAUCACAAGGGACAUGUUGGGCUAGGAGUAAAAUGUUCUAAGGAAGUAGCAACUGCUAUCCGAGGGGCCAUCAUUUUGGCCAAGCUGUCUGUUAUCCCUGUCAGGCGUGGAUAUUGGGGUAACAAGAUUGGCCAGCCCCACACAGUGCCAUGUAAGGUGACUGGGAAAUGUGGCAGUGUGACAGUACGUCUGAUCCCUGCACCACGUGGUACAGGCAUUGUUAGUGCUCCAGUACCCAAAAAGUUGCUACAUAUGGCGGGUAUUGAAGAUUGUUACACGUCUGCCAGAGGAUGUACCGGAACCCUUGGAAACUUCGCCAAGGCCACAUAUGCAGCAAUCGCACAGACUUAUGCAUACUUGACCCCAGAUCUAUGGAAAGAGACAGUGUUCACAAAAUCUCCAUACCAGGAGUUCACAGACUAUCUCGCCAAGAACCACAAGAGGGCCGAGUUCCAGAGACAGGAACAGAAGGUCUACUAAACUUCAUGAAUUCAAGAAUUCUCCUGCUGAAUUCUGUAUAAUUGAAAACAAAUAAAACAAAAAAGAAG